UUGGUAGGUUUCUCAGUUUGAGCCAGUCAUCGUUUCUCUGUGAACUCAUCCCUUUGUUUUUAAGUGAUUAUUUGUGAAUUUGGGGGCUUGUGGGGCACAGAAUGGCAGUCCGGGUGAUAAAUGAUGAGACUCACUUCCAGGCUGAGCUCUCAGCAGCUGGAAUAAAGCUCGUUGUGGUGGAUUUUACGGCUACAUGGUGUGGGCCGUGCCAGAGGAUUGCUCCGCAUUUCGAGCAACUCCCAUCAAAAUAUCCAAAGGCAGUCUUCCUGAAAGUGGACGUUGACAAGUGUGCAGAGACAGCUGCAGCGCAGGGAGUCUCAGCCAUGCCGACGUUCAUCUUCUACCGCAAUCGGCAGAAGAUUGAUCGACUCCAGGGGGCUGAUCUGGCGGGGCUGGAGAACAAGAUUCGCCAGCACAUUGGCUCCACGGAGGAUGACAGUGGUGAGGACUACGGGCAGGGCCUGAUGGAGCUCAAUUCCUUCAUUACGAAGAACGAAUGUGAGUGCCUCAAUGAGUCCGAUGAUCACCCAUUGGAGCACGCCUUGACACCCGCUGGGGGCUUCCUUCAGUCCGACGUGGAUGAGCAGCUAAUUGUCUCGAUUGCCUUCAAUCAGCCCGUUAAGCUGCACUCCCUGAAAAUCAAGGCUCCCGUGGCGCUGGGGCCAAAGACAAUCAAACUCUUCAUCAAUCAACCGCGCACGAUGGACUUUGACAUGGCCGAGUGUUGCUCAUCCAUUCAGGAUCUCCAGCUGACGGAGAAGGAGCUCGAUGGGUCACCCAUUGCGCUGCGUUUUGUGAAAUUCCAGAAUGUCCAGAACAUUCAGCUGUUCAUCAAAGACAACCAGAGUGGCGACGAUACGACGCAAAUUGAUCAUUUGGGAUUCAUCGGGAUGCCCAUUUCGACCACCAAAAUGGAGGACUUUAAGCGUGUUAUCGGCAAAAAGGGCGAAAGCCACUGAUUUUACUCGAUUCCUCAAUAAAGUGAAAAUCAUUUCUCAUUAAAAA